AUGGUAGAGUUAGUGCAAAUUAGCAGUCCGGUUAACUGUGGUUGUGGUUCGAAGUUUAAAUUUAAGUCCAUUGACAUUGUUUGUUUGGGUAUAAUGAGUGAUACCUUUCAGAUUGGACAACGUGUAUUCGCAAAGGUUCGUGGGCAUCCUCCGUGGCCUGGAAGGAUUGCAAACAUUGUAGAACAACGUACUAAAUAUGGGAAGUACCUCGUACAUUUUUUUGGAACAGACGAAGAAGCAUUUUGUACCGGCGAUAAAGUGUAUAAAUAUGAGGAAUACAAAACUAUUUAUGGAAAACCUCGCAAAAGAAGAGCAUUCAACCUGGCUUUAAUUGAAAUUGAAAACGCUGUUGAUCACACAACUUCCAUUAGCGCUUCUUGUGUUCUAAAAGACCACACCUACCAGAUCUCCCAGCAGACGGAUAUUAUAAACAAACUGCCAAAUCAUGAGAGUGUAUUACUCCAACAGGGUAGUAAGGAGGCAAAUGAUGCGAGUCCAGAAUCUUCUAACUCAACAACACUUUGCUCUACUGGAAAUGAUACUCCACAGCCGUUAAUGGAUAUGGACAACACCAGAAUAGAAAAGAACAUGAGCAAAGCUCAGUCAGCAAGGCAAAAUCUUAGAAGGAAAAAUAAAAUAAUCCCAGAAUUAGAAAUAUUUGAUUUUAAAAUGAUGAGUGUGCAGAAUGAGACUGAAAAAACAAAUUUUCCAAAAGAAACCAAACCAAAUGUUAAAAAAAAGAAAUCUCUAACAAGAACUGUCAAAAAGGGAAGAAAUAAUAAGAGUGCUAAAACAUCUGUACAAAAUUCUUUUACUAAGGAAGAUGUAUUUAAAAUUAAUGAAACCUCUUGUAGAUAUAAAGAAACUUCAAUGUUGACAGAUGAAUUAGAAAGUUACAAAACACAGACUAUAAUGCUAGAAAUUGAAUAUCAGCUUCGCAGUAAUCUUUUUAAAAGUGAACCCAAUAUAACUACUGGUUUAAAUGCUCUGUAUGAGUUAACAAACCUUGACAUAAAACCUUUAAUGUUAAAGAAGCAUCCUCAGAUUGUAUGGACCAUACAUAAUUUAAUGAAAUUCAAUGAAAGUUAUUGUUUAUUGAAUUUAACUAAUUAUCAGAUGAGCGAGUUUAAUUUCAAAGCAUUUGAAAUAAGAAAGUUGAGUGAAAUGGUGUAUGAAAAAUUCAAAUCCAUGUUUGUUGUACCAGAUGAGUGUACCUUCUGGGAUUUUUUUUCUAGAGAAAUUUCAAAAUUUAGGAAUUUGACAGAAAAUUUGACAGUGCAUGAGGUAUGCACUUUACAGACAGAUCCUUCUUGCAGUGACAAGGAUGCAGAGGUAGAUACCAUGGGAAAUGAUUAUUACGGUGAGCCAAUUUCACAUUACAAAGAAUGUGUACCAGAACCUACAUUUAAUCCAAUUAAAGAAGAAAUAGUUAAUCUUGGAUAUUUAUCAUUAUUUGAAAAUGAUUCUCAAGUAGUUAAAUAUGAACAUUCAAUGCAAAAUGCCGCAGGCAAUCACAAAGAAGAAAUAUUUGCUACAGUAAAAACAGAACCAAAUGUUGAUGAAUUUGAGUCAGAAGAAGAUUGGUUGAAGUAUGUAUGA